GUAAUAACACUGGCCUCUGGUCACACUCUUUUCGUUGUGCUGAACCCCGUUCGCUUACUCGUGGCGAAAUUUUGCAUUUUCCGUACGCUCUCAAUUUGUGCAGCAAAACAAAAUGCCGGGCAUUGAAACGAUCAAAUCCUCGUGGGCCGAUGAGGUGGAGCUGGAUUACGGCGGCCUGCCGCCUACAACUGAGACCGUGGAGAAUGGCCACAAAUAUGUGACGGAAUACAAGUACAACAAGGAUGACAAGAAGACCAAGGUGGUGCGAACGUACAAGAUAUCCAAACAGGUGGUGCCCAAAACGGUGGCCAAGCGUCGCACCUGGACAAAGUUCGGUGAAUCCAAAAACGACAAGCCCGGCCCGAACUCCCAGACGACGAUGGUGUCCGAAGAGAUCAUCAUGCAGUUCCUCAACUCCAAGGAGGAUGAGAAGGCCAACGACCCGCUGCUGGAUCCCACAAAGAACAUCGCCAAGUGCCGUAUUUGCAACGGCGAGCAUUGGUCGGUCAACUGUCCGUACAAGGGCACCGCCAUGGACACGAAUCUGAUGGAGAAGAAGGCCACCGCUGCUGCCGCCGCUGCUGUGGAUGCGCCCAAGUCUGGCAAGUAUGUGCCACCGUUCCUCAAGGACAGCGUUGGCAAGGUCGGCAUGGGUAUGCGAGGACGCGACGACACCGCUGCAAUCCGUAUCUCUAACCUUUCCGAGUCGAUGACCGAGGCGGAUCUGGAGGAGCUGGUGAAGAAGAUUGGACCCCAGAGCAAGAUGUACCUGGCCCGCGACAAGAACACCGGUCUCUGCAAGGGCUUCGCCUACGUUCACUUCAAGCAGCGCAAGGAUGCGGCUGCCGCCAUCGAAAUCCUCAACGGUCACGGCUACGACCAUCUGAUUCUGAGUGUGGAAUGGUCCAAGCCCCAAAAUAAUUAGGUUUUCGUUGUCCGUGUCCAUUCUUCUACAACCUGUUUUCCACCCCCACUCCCCGCCCUGUCACUACUGCUUAUAGGAGUUUUAGGAUCGAUCAUAUAAUAUGUCCUUAAUCUAUAAGUUUGCUGCAAAAAUAAAUGAAAAACAAACUGCCCCGAAGGGGGCAUCGAAAA